AUGGCACAGCAUCCCUGGCAGGAUCAACAACAAAAGGCAGAAAUGGCCUCCAAGCAGCAGAGAAGUACAUCCAUAGAAGAGACAAUGAGACCACAGGAAAGACAGGUAACCAUCACUGAAACCCUGUGGGACCAGGUGCUGACAGCUUUUAAGAAUAUACAAAAGGAGCUGCAGGAAGAUGCUCGGAUUCGAGGGAUGAGCAAUUGCUGCAUGACACCCAUGACAUCCGCACCCAGAACUGGAAGCAUAAAGCUUCCAGACUCCUGCAUGACCCCAAAGUUGAGAAGAUUGCAGUUCGGCACUAGAGAGCAGCCGUCAGGAGAUCGUAUCCACCACGUGAAGACACAGCUCCAGUCAGCUUACUACCCUGGACCCUAA